AUUCUCAGGUUCUAUUUCAGGUGGUUUCAAUGCCAACUUCUCAGGGAUGUAUGCAUUUGGAGAUUCAUUUACAGACACAGGAAAUUCUGCAAUCUUGGGAGGUCUCAUGGCCUUUUCACAUGCAAUCUUACCAGGAUCACCUUAUGGUUCAACCACCCACCUACCCAUAUUUCGAUUCUCUGAUGGCCGUAUUCUGGUUGAUUUUGUCUGUGAAGCUCUCCAUCUACCUUACUUGCCACCAUACAAGAACUCCUCUGCUGAUUUCUCCAAUGGAGCAAAUUUUGCAAUUGGUGGAUCUUCUUCUUUUCCUGGAAAUUUCUUCGAAGAUCACAAUGUCGGUCGCACAUUAAUGUGGAAACUCAUCCCUGAAUUCGCCCAAAAGCAAUCGAAUUGGUUCCAAGAGUUCCUUAACAACAUCCAGUGCAAGGGAUUAGAUGAUGUACAAUGUAAGACCAAAGUAGGCAUGGCACUCUUUUGGGUCGGCGAAACUGCUUUCAAUGACUACCUUCGUAAUUUUGGAGCUUCCAACACUAUUCAGUCUCUCACGCAAAGGCUUAUUGAUAUCAAGCUCAACCUUGUGAAGACGUUGAUGGACAAAGGUGCAAAGUUCAUGGUAAUACAAGGACUACCACCAUUGGGAUGUUGUCCGUUACAUAUGUCAAUGGCAUCGUCGGGAGAUAAAGAUGAGAAUGGGUGUGUUAAGAGUGCAAACGCCAUUGUUAAAGCACACAAUGAUCUUCUUUUGAAGAAGAUAGGGGAACUUAGGGUACAAUAUCCACAUUGUUUCAUAGCUUAUGCUGAUUUCUUUAAUGCAUUCCUUAAAAUAUUUAAGAGCCCAUCACAAUUUGGGUUUACGGAGACAUUCAAGGCUUGUUGUGGAGCUGGAAGUGGAAUGUUCAACUUCAAUUUACAUAUUCUAUGUGGUGCCCCUGGAUCAUCUAAUUGUCAGAAUCCUACAUCCCACAUCAGUUGGGAUGGAAUUCACCUUACAGAAGCAAUGCAUAAGAAGUUGGCUGAGCUUUUCUUCACUCAGGGUUUUAUCCAGCCUUCAAUCCAACAAUUGGUUGCUGCUGCUGCGGGAGCAAGCGGGGGACUGGGACUGGGACUACCAAUUAUACAUUAA